AUGGAUUUUUCUCCUUUUGCUCAGAAGGAAAUAACUAAGUUUAUGUGGCUAGCAGCGAAGGAAGGUGUUAAGGAAGUUGCAUCAAUCAUAUCACUCCCUGUACCACAAAGGUCACCUGGGUCAGCCAUAGUCUUUACUGAGGAGGAUAAAUAUGUCCCUACCACGCACAACAGGCCAUUGUAUGUUACGGCUUCGCUCAAUGGGGUUGAGCUCAAACGGGCAUUUAUGGACAAUGGUUCGUCUCUCAAUAUCAUGCCUUUAGAAGUUUUUUGCCACAGUGGACUCCCAGACGAGAAACUUAUUCGAAAGCCAACUGAGAUUGCUGGGUUUGGAAGUAAUAUCCGGAGGAUCGAAGGGCACGUGACAACCGAGCUGGCCAUUGGAAAGUUCAAGGGUUCAGUUAAGUUUCAUGUCAUUGAUUCAGACACCUCUUACUAUUUGCUCAUGGGUCGAGCUUGGAUGCAUAAGUUUAGGAUUGUCCCUUCUUCGUAUCAUCAAUGCAUGAAAAGGUUCUGGAAUGGGAAGCAAGUUAUGGCGCAAAGGAGCUUUCGUCCAGAGCUCGAGUUGCAAAUCAAUGAGGAAGUACAAAGAUUGUUGCAAGCUGGUUUCAUCAAGCCUAUCCAGCACUCUACAUGGUUGGUAAAUGUCGUCCCGAUAAAGAAGAAAAAUGGGAAGAUUAGAGUUUGUGUCGAUUUCAAGGACUUAAACAAGGCUUGCCCGAAAGAUAACUUUCCAUUGCCCAUAAUUGAUAAUUUAAUCGACUCGACUGCGGGACACGAGAUGUUCUCAUUCAUGGAUGGAUAUAAUGGAUACAAUCACAUAAGAAUGGCACAAUGUGAUGCAGAGAAGAUGGCUUUCUGCACUCUUAUGGGGAACUUCCAUUUCACAGUUAUGCACUUUAGUUUAAAGAAUGCUGGGUUUACUUACCAGCGAGUCAUGACGGCAAUUUUUCACGACAUGUUGCAGAAAUAA